AUUCUGCCUUAACAGUUGUUAUAGACUUAGUUAUCAAUAAUGGGUUCUGAUAGUACUGCUGAUCCAAUUCCUCUUCUUACACCUUAUAAAAUGGGCAAUUUCAAUCUCUCUCACAGAGUUGUUAUGGCACCACUCACUAGGAUGAGAUCAUACAACAAUGUUCCUCAACCUCAUGCUAUUCUAUAUUACACUCAGAGAGCAACUAAAGGUGGUCUUCUCAUAGCUGAAGCUACCGGUGUCUCUGACACGGCUCAAGGAUUACCACAUACACCGGGUCUUUGGACUAAAGAACAAGUGGAGGCAUGGAAACCUAUUGUCGAUGCUGUCCAUGCUAAAGGCAGUGUCUUUUUCUGUCAACUUUGGCAUGUUGGAAGGGCUUCAAAUUCAAGUUGUCAGCCGAAUGGACAAGCCCCAAUAUCUUCUACAGAUAAGUUACUCACAAACACUGCUUUUCAAAAAUUCACACCUCCAAGACGAUUAAGGACAGAUGAAAUUCCUGAUAUUGUCAAUGACUUCAAACUUGCCGCAAGAAAUGCUAUUGAAGCUGGUUUUGAUGGGAUUGAAAUCCAUGGAGCUCAUGGCUAUUUAUUCGAACAAUUCAUGAAAGAUUCCGUGAAUGACAGAACAGAUAAAUAUGGUGGAUCCCUUGAAAACCGUUGUCGGUUUACAUUGGAAGUUGUUGAAGCUAUUGCAAAUGAGAUAGGAGGAGAAAGAGUUGGAAUAAGAUUAUCACCAUUUACUGAAUAUAUGGAAAGUGGAGACUCCAAUCCCAAUGCCUUGGGACUUUAUAUGGCUAAUGCUCUCAACAAAUACAAUAUUCUGUACUGCCACAUGGUGGAACCAAGACUAAAACAUUCCAUGGAACCAGUUGAAAGCCCUCAUAGCCUGGUGCCAAUGAGAAAGGCUUUCAAUGGAACUUUCAUGGUUGCAGGAGCUUAUGACAGACAAGAUGGGAUCAAUGCUAUUGCUGAAAAUAGGGCAGAUCUUGUUGUUUAUGGUCGUUUGUUCUUAGCUAAUCCAGAUUUGCCAAAGAGAUUUGCACUUGAUGCCCCUCUCAAUGAUUACAAUAGGAAGACAUUCUACAUUUCUGAUCCAGUUAUUGGUUAUACUGACUACUCUUUUCUUGAAUGAAGAAACUCAUGUUGUGGAACCUAAGAGUGGAACUUCCAUAUUAAAUAAGCUUUUUUCGUCUGGCACUUUUGUUUUUGUAGUGAAGUUUGCCACUUACCUAAGAAAUUUGUUGCUUAUAGUAGUAUUUUAUUUUUUGGUGAAUUCUUCUCAUGCUUCUAACACAUUGUGUAGAAGUAGAACAGAGUGUGUAAAACUAUAAUGUACCUUGAUACUUUAAAAAUAAAUAAAAAAAUAGUAAUAGCCAUGCGUGUUUAUU